CACAAGAAGAAUUGAGCAGAAGGGCAGCCAUUGUCUGACAACUACAACAACAUCAGAAAAGCCAGAACACCGCCUGUGUCUGCUGCUCCAGAGGCCCUUUGGCGCUCUCUCCCCUCCCACUGCUUUUUUUCAGUGUAGACCUUUCCAGAGCGCACCGCCACAGAGCCAAAGCGGGCGAAAGAGAUGCAGGCUGCCGACGGGAGCGAGCGGCUCAUUGUCCAGCACGCUGUAGAUGCGCUGAGGGCCCUCUUCUCCAGGAUGGAGAGCAGCUUAUCUCCUGAGCAAACCCACAGCAGAGGUGGCAACUCCUUCCCUGGGAAAAGCAGAAGCAAAGCGUUGCAUCAGGCACCCUCCGUCAUGAGGUCUGAGGAGAGGCGGCUACAGACCUUCCAGCGCUGGCCAGAGAGUGCCCCGGUUUCUCCAAGGGAUCUGGCCGCUGCUGGGUUUUUCUUCACGGGUCCCGACGACCGAGUGAAAUGCUUCUGCUGUGAGGGGGUCUUGUACGACUGGCAUGCUCAGGAUGACCCUGUAGCAGAGCACCGGAAGUUCUUCCCAACGUGUCCCUUCAUCCAGGCCAAGGAAGCCAGACCUCUGCUGAUGCCUUCCAUGGAGGAGAUCCAGGAUUGCGUGGAUGGACAGUUCCUGGGCACAUUGCAGAGUUUAAGCAUGGAAGAGGCCACUGUGGACAGCCAACCCGAAUACCCAGAUCUGGAGGCGGAGGGCAGCCGGUUGAGGACUUUCCAGAACUGGCCGUCCUAUGCACGCGUGUGUCCAGAGGUGUUGGCCGGAGCGGGCUUCUUCUACACAGGCGAGGGCGAUUUUGUGCGGUGUUUCUACUGUGAUGGUGCUUUGCGGAACUGGGAACGUGGGGAUGAUCCCUGGAUGGAGCAUGCCAGGUGGUUUCCAAGGUGCAAAUUCCUCCUGCAGUCCAGAGGAAGAGACUUCAUAGACAGCAUCCAGGAAUCAUACCUCAGCCCCCCUGUGUCUCAGGCCGCCAGCUUCUUCCCAUCCGUGCAACGUCUUGCGAGCUCCCAAGAGCCUGCUCAAGAAGAACAAGGACUUUGGAGAACAAGAAGAGAGGCAGAAACUGAACAUCCAAACCGGCCAGACGCUUCCUUGAGCCUGGAGGAGAAGCUGCGCCGGCUGCAGGAGGAGCGCAUGUGCAAAGUCUGCAUGGACAAAGACGUGGCCAUCGUGCUCGUCCCCUGCGGGCACUUGGUGGUGUGCGCAGAGUGUGCGCCGAAUCUCAGGCGGUGCCCCAUCUGCAGGGGCGUCAUUCGCGACACUAUGAAGGCGUUUCUGUCCUGAACCUGGAAGAAUUGGCAGAAGCAGUUUGUUGUCAUCUUGGCGAUCCCGAUUCUGCCUGAGAAGAGGCGCUCCGCUGAAGAAGCUUCUGAAUGCCUUUUGGAAGCCUGGGCCACACCUUUCUCCCCGGUGCAGCAUCCCCUUACAGGACUUCUCCAUGCAUGUUCUUUGGAGCAUUUGGGGGGAAGAGGGGAGAAGCGCCUCCAUCUCUGUAGGGUGAAAGAGCAAGGUCACCAUGACUCUGGAGUUCUUUCUGCUCUGCGCACUGAUGGGUACAGGCUUCCAGAGGCUUAUUCAAAUUGAAGAUACAGUUCAAAAAGCUUGUGCAGUACCUUACCUCUAUAAGGUUUUGGAGUAGAUAUUUUUCCCUAGCUUAUUUAAUAGCUUGGUGUUUUUGUAUUAUUGAAAAACCAGACCUAUUUUUGAUGUAUGAUUACUUAUAUUU